GAGCUUUACAUCCCUACAUCGUAAACAAACAAAAAGGAGUCAAAUUGGUGCAAUAUUAAAAGUUUUGUUCGAAAUUUAAUUUAAAAAUCAGGAAAAAUGGCAGAAAAUAUGGAUGUUGACAAGUACAGGACAUUUUACGAGUGUGACGAGCAUUGGGAGCUGAAGAGAGCGUUCAUGAUGGCACACAAAGACAGAUUUUCAGAAGAAGAACUCGUUUGUUUGGCACAAGUUUUUACGAAUAUUGAAUUUAUGGGAUGCAAAUAUCCCGCUGAAACCAUGCAACUCAUCGCAGAAUUAUCAAAAGACGUCGCUGCCGAAUUCCGAAAAGGCAGAGAAGGAAAACUCAAAAGAACAUUCGUUGCUGCGUCAAAUGCUGCAGCUGCUAAAUUUAGUAAAAAAUAAACUUGGACUUUAAUUUUCUUAAAUUUUUCAUUAAA